ACUGCUGGCCAAAGUAUGCUAAAGAAACUUACCAAAUUGGUAAUUUUUGGACUAAAUAUGGCUGCCGCCUCUUUGCAAGAGAAUGAACCUGACUCAACGGUUUAUGAAUCAAGAACUUCUUUCUUAAAUUUGUUGGAAGAAAAACAAAGAGCUUUGAAUAAGAAAGCUUUGCUGCACAGAUUUGUCUACAUUGCGAGAUUAGCACCUGAACUAGCUGACAAACAAGAAUUGGAAGUUUAUUAUGAAAAUCUGUUCAACAACUUAAAACACCAGCAUCAAGGUGAAGAUGCCACUGGAAUUCUACUCGUUUAUCCAAGUUAUGUUGUUCAUCUGAUCGAGUCAUCCAUAGAAAUGGUCCACGGUGUCAUCAGAGACCUUCAAAAAAUGUCUUCGAAGGGGAACGCUCUUCUUGUUGACCCGAAAAUCCUUCUAAUAAGCCAUGAUGUACCGACAAGACUAUACCAGCAAUGGACGUACCGUGUGCUCAAUAUCACAGCAAGUGGUGAGGGGUACGAACAAGGCAAACAAAGUGUGGAAUCUCUAGCUGUUGAAUGUGUCACCACGUUACUCAAAUUCGGAGUCUUUAUUUUGAAAUCACCAAAGUUCAAUCUGAAAACUUCAAAAGAAAAUCUUCACGAAACAGUACCAGACCUUCUGAUUCCACAAGACUUGAUUGGAUUCCUUCUCAACCAGUCGGAACUGGAUACACCCAGUCAAUUCAUCCGCAGAUACGACCAGCCUGUUGAUAUAACACUAGAUGGCGAACUUGUCUGGCCAAUACAGGAAUCAAUCGCUUUCAAACAAUUACUUACGGACACUGCGACUUUAACUGCGCAAACUUGAAGCAUUCAUUUUGAUUAAAAACUAUCGCAUCCGUUUUCGUAUCGCAUGUUUUUUCUAAAAUACUGAUUGUCCCCAAGGAUCAAUUGAUAGACUUUUGCAGAAUUUUAUAAUAAGUUUUUUUACGUUUUUAUUCAAAAUUUUUAAUGUCACCGACCGGACUAUUUGUUUCUUUAAUAUAAAUAAAUAUGAAUUGCAGCACUCAAGUUUUUUUCCUUAUUUUUAUGAAAGAUCCUUCUGAUGUCACCAACCGGAUUCACUCUAUUUUGUUUCUCCAAUAUAAAUUGCAGCAUUCAAGUUUUUUUCGUAUUUUUCUGAAAAACUCAUUUUCACCUUCUACAAAAGUUUCGAUUGAACAGCUUUUGCAGAAUUUAUACAGAAUUUUUUUUUAAACUUCUCAUAAAUUCUUGAUGCUUCCCGAAAUUCUAUUUUAUUCUUCCAAUAUAAAUGCAGCAUUCAAAAUGUCUUUAAGCUUUUAAUUAAAAUGUGUUUGUAGCAUUUGUGAUUACACACUUUUCUAAAAUUUUAGGGAUUCAAUGUCCUAUCUCAGUGGUUCUCAAACUUUUUGAACCACGCUACCUUUUUAAAAUUUGUCAAGAAGUCUCACGCCCACCUCAAAAAUAAGCUACAAAUAAAUAUAGUCUGGCGAAAAUAAGUUUCAUGUAAAAACAUGUAGCAAAUACGUGGAUGGGAUCACAAUCUCUAAACAAUC